UGAAGAGAAACCCACUUCUUAAUUCUGUAUUUCUUGAAAGCCAUCGGAGAAUUUGUUGCUGGAUCUGUUACUAUUAUUGGGUUUUGUGAAGAUUCAUUUUUAUCAUAGCUAUUUGUUUUCCCUCCAUUUUUGGGUGGUUUCAAUACGAGGAAAACAUGAGCUUAGAUCAUUUUAGGUUGCUUGUAAUGUACUGAUAUGGACUUGAAUUCAGGGGUACCGUUUUGGAGAAUUUAUUGUUCUUUGUCGAGAUUGAGUGUCUUUUAUGGUACUUAUUUUGCUGGUCUAGUUUUGAAGGAGUGAUUUACGCUUGUUUUGAAGAAGAAAACCAUUACUACUAUGUUUUGGAGGGACCGUCAGAGAGAAAACAAGGAUCAAAAUGGUGGACCACCUUGUGGUCAGGUUCGAGUUCUUGUUGUUGGUGACUCAGGUGUGGGUAAAACCUCACUUGUUCAUCUUAUUGUCAAAGGUUCUUCCUCCGCUUGCCCUCCUCAAACAAUUGGAUGUACAGUUGGUGUGAAGCACAUUUCUUAUGGUAAUUCCAGUAGCUCAUCAAGCAGUAUUAAAGGUGACUCUGAGAGAGAUUUCUUCGUUGAACUCUGGGACGUGUCAGGUCAUGACCGAUACAAAGAUUGCCGGUCUCUAUUCUAUUCUCAAAUUAAUGGGGUUAUUUUUGUUCAUGAUCUCUCCCAGAGAAGGACCAAAACAAGCUUGCAGAAAUGGGCAUCUGAGAUUGCUGCAACUGGAACAUUUUCAGCUCCUCUAAGUUCUGGAGGUCCUGGUGGUCUUCCUGUCCCUUAUAUUGUUAUCGGUAACAAAUCUGAUGUUGCUGCCAAAGAGGGUACCAGGGGAAGCAGUGGCAACCUUGUUGAUGCAGCACGGCAGUGGGUUGAGAAGCAGGGUCUGCUUCCUUCCAGUGAGGAAAUUCCAUUGACAGAAAGUUUUCCUGGAAACGGAGGUCUUAUCGCAGCUGCCAAAGAAGCAAGGUAUGACAAAGAAGCUGUGGUAAAGUUUUUUCGAACAUUGAUCAGGAGAAGAUAUUUUUCAGACGAACUACCUGCACCAAGUCCAUGGUCUGCUUAUCCAGUUCAGAGAUCUGUCCAACGUUUAGAUGAAAAUACAAGUGAUGAGGAUUCAUUUUACAAGACUACAAGCUUAGCUGGCGAUCCUUACAAAUACAAUACGCUCCCUCCCCUGCCAGCUCAACGAAAUCUGAUACCACCUCCAACACUUUACCCACAGCAGCCGGUUUCAGUUACCGAGAGUUACAGCAUUCCAAGAUUUACCCUGACUGGCUCUCAAGAAAUAAGCAACACUGCAAGAUUGAAGCGAAUGGAUAUUAAUGUUUGAUGAUCUGGGGCUCUGGAUUUGCUCUGCGAAGAAUGCACUUUCACUUGGUGCUGAGCUCUAUUUGUUAAUAUGGAAUUCCUCUCGUUUUGCUUGUAAACCGUUCAAUUGAUUCUUUUUUCAUGGCCUACACCGCUGUAAGUUUUUGGGUUACAGUUUGGUCACAAUUUACAUGUAUAUUGAUUGAUUGGUCAACCUGAAGUAGUGGCAAUUAAUCUCCACGGAGGUCGGAACUCUUCUUUUUUUUUUCUCUGUAGUGGUUUUUGUGGAGGAAAAUAUACUCGUGAAACUGUUUGUAUCCUAGUUAUUCUGCUUCAAAAAAAUUCUUUGUUUAAACAAA